AUGAUAAGGUUCAUUCUUAUUCAGAAUCGUGCUGGCAAAACGCGUCUUGCCAAAUGGUAUAUGAACCUGGCAGACACAGAAAAACAAAAGUUAAUCGAAGAGGUUCAUGCACUUGUUACCGUUCGGGACGUUAAGCACACCAACUUUGUUGAAUUUAGAAAUUUUAAAAUUGUCUACCGUCGUUAUGCGGGCCUUUACUUCUGCAUUUGCAUCGACGUAAUGGACAACAGCCUUGCACACCUUGAAGCAAUUCACAACUUCGUUGAAGUUCUUAAUGAAUUAUUCCAUAAUGUUUGCGAACUUGACCUUGUUUUUAACUUUUACAAAGUUUACACGGUUGUAGAUGAAAUGUUUCUUGCAGGCGAAAUACGAGAAACAAGCCAGACUAAAGUUCUCAAACAGAUGAUGUUACUUUCCGCCUUGGAGUGA